AUGGAAGGACAAAUCAGGGCCGUACGACUUAAGGCUCAACACACAGAACAGAAAGACGAAUCUUUCAAGUACCUAGGAUGUCGCAUCUCCGGCGAAAGAGGAUUUCAUGAGCUAAUGGCCAGGGCAAACGCAACUUGGAUGGAAUGGAGAGCCUUUACCGGAGCUCUAUGUAAUAAGCAAAUGCCAAUGCAAUUCAAGUUCCGAAAAUAUGGUGCUGUGUUCCGUCCAACAGCUAUGGCAGUGAUGGCCAAUCACAAGAAAUGA